AAUGACUGAUGAGAGGAAAAAGAGUGAGAAGAGGAGGGAGGAAGGGAAGGACAGAGCUGAUCUAACGCCAGGGGAUUAUGCUACUGUGUGUGCUGUCGGCAUGGGGUUAGGUGCAAUCUAGCUUUUUUGCUUGGAGGGAAUUAUUUACCUUGUACUUGCAUCAAAGUUGGCCACUACAUCUUUAAACCUGGCAGCCAAAUUUACAGAUAAGUUUAUCAGUUUGUUGUAUGAUUUUGUACUUUACACAUCAGAUUAUGUUUAUCUUCUCAAAUCAUUUGAUUGCUGCAAAGAUUGCUAUAAACAAGCAUUUACAUAUUUAAUGUGAGCUAGAAGUAAAAAAAAAAAAAUGCUGAUUUGAACGUUGCAUCUGAGACUGUGUGAUUAACGGGUUAAAUUCACUGGGGAAAUUGCUUUGCAGUAAAGGAAGUUUUGUGUCCUUUAUGUUAAGCUGUGCUGCUUCCUUUUCCUCUUUCACCCCUUAACUUGAGACUUAAGUGAGGCAUAUGAAACAAGGAAGCAACACACACUAAGCUGUUUCAUACACUUAGACUUCUCAAUGCUGUUAAAGUUGCCUCAUGUGUUGUAAGUAAUAUGUUUUAAGAGACUUUCGUUUUUAGCUUGUAUUCAGUUUAUUGUGUGCCAGCACACUGCAUUCCUAAAAGACUUCGUUGUGGGAGCCGUGUGUUUGUCCGAUUCAGCAAUACUGCCUGCCAGCAAGACAGAUAUGGGCAGCAAUUUCACAGUGGUGUAGUGUAGUCUGAUUCUGACCGUGAAGUUUUGAAUUCAAGCAACCAGCUAAUGGAAAAAAAAUUUUUUUCAAUCUUGAAAUGGAACACGCAUUAAACACGUGUGCGCCUUAAACAUAUUUUCUGUCUUGAACUUCCUGAGAUUUCUUCAGAGUGCAAAACGACAGCCCCACAGCACCAUUGUGGACAAUGAGAGCACAAAGUUUGCUGUUGGCACUACUGUGCCUAAUGGGAUGUGUGGGCUACUGUAGCACUUUAUCAACCUGCAAACCACUAAACCUGGAGCUUGUGAAAAGGAAGCGCAUCGAGGCCAUCCGUGGACAGAUCCUCAGCAAACUACGGCUGGCUAAAGAACCAGUAGAUGAUGAUGAAGGAGAGGGAGAUAAGGUGCCUGCGGAGGUCCUGUCCGUCUACAACAGCACGGUGGAGUUGAGUGAGGAGCUGAUGCAGAACACAGAGCAUGUGGAUUCUCCUGAUGAAGAGGAGGAGGAGUAUUAUGCAAAGGAGGUUCAUAGGUUUAACAUGACUGAGAUUCAAAAUAAAAGUGUGAUGCGGUUCAACGUUACUGCAAUGAAAGCCGUUUUGGGCGCAAACCCUAUGGUUUCCCAGGCUGAGCUCCGUCUUCUUAUCAAGGAUUCUCGCAUAGCUCCUGGCAAUGAGCAGAGGUUGGAGCUUUAUUAUGGUUCUGGGGAUAAGGCUCGGUAUCUCUAUUCACAUACCAUCACCAAUGAGUUGAACGGCAAAUGGAUAUCUUUUGACGUGACACAGACUGUGAAAAACUGGCUACAAAAUCCUGCCACAGAGAGUGAAGCACUAGAAGUGAAGUUGCAUUGUGGGUGUGGGGAGACUGAUAAAAAUAUGCUUUUCAAAAUUUCAGGGAUACCCAGUGGGAGAGGAGACACAGAAGGUUUACAAGCCAAAAUGACAAAGCCACAUAUUCUGGUUAUGUCACUUCCUGCAGAUCGCGCCCGUCAUCUCAGCUCACGGAUUAAACGACAAGCUACAGGAGAUGCCGUUUGUUCUGAGCAGUCAGAUGUUUGCUGUGUGAGAAGACUGUAUAUAGACUUCCGUAAAGACCUGGGUUGGAAAUGGAUACAUGAACCCUCUGGCUACUAUGCAAACUACUGUAUUGGCUCCUGUUCAUUUGUCUGGAACGCGGAAAAUAAAUACUCACAGGUGCUGGCACUGUAUAAACAUCACAAUCCUGGAGCAUCAGCCCAACCCUGCUGUGUACCACAGGUCCUAGAUCCUUUACCCAUCCUGUACUAUGUGGGGAGGCAACACAAGGUAGAACAACUGUCAAAUAUGAUUGUCAAGACCUGCAAAUGUAGCUGAACGACAUGUGCAGUCUUCAGUCUCUUGUAGAGAGAAAGGAAAAGAGGACUAAAAUGUGUUGAAAGGAAGAGGAACAAUUCAUUCAAUUAUUGUUAUAAGUUUUUGUGUUCUUAUUUUUUCUUAGUGAAUGUUUGCCCGCUUAAACUCCCAGACUCACACUGUUCAUUCCUUUAUGUAUGUGAAAAAAAAAAAUAUAUAUAAAAAUAUACUAGUUAAAACAUAGGAUGGAACUGUAAGGGGCAACAUUUUUGUCUAAUUGUCUUUGGUACAUUACACUUUCAUUGUUAUAUGUGGCCUUAACAAGCAAACAAAUGGCCAUGCCCUGUUGAACCUGUCAAGUUGGUUAUGUUUUUUUUUAAAUAUAUAUAUAAAAUAUAUAUAUCUGUUAAUGGAAUUCAUGCUGUAGCGGUACGUGUUUAGGAUAAAACAGUGACAUUAGGAUUUACUUCCUCAAAUGAUUUCCAAGAAGCAGGCAAUUCAGAAUACACUUAUAUGAAUUGCUUUGUUUAAUAGGUUUGUAUUUAAUGUGCACACGUUCUCAUUUGCACUGGUUGUUUAGCAUUUAUUUUUUAACCUGUUUUGGCAUAAGACAUCAUUGCAAGAAAGAAAGCCAAAGCAUGAUUAAAAAACAUUGCCACUGGUUAUUAAUUGUUUGCCAUUAAAAUAUGAUCAUAUGCAGAGCACAUAAAAAAAAAUAUUUGGGUGAAAACUAUCAAAGAAUCUGGCAACCUUUAUAUUAACUGCCCUCUGGGGCACUAUGGCCUCUAUAAGUACCUGUUGCAGUUUGCAUUCCUGACCACUAGGUGCCAUAAUAACACUAUCGAGCCAAGUGGGGCAGGGAAUGCCUUUCUUUUGAUUGUGAUACAGCUAAACGAAGACCAAAUCAAUAGUACAAUUAUUUGUCAAAUCGAACCAUUGAAAAUUGAUUGAUUGGUUAUCUGUAAUUCAGCAUAAAUAAAAUUCAUGGACUGUGAAUGAUUUGCUGAAAAAUUGAGGUACAUUGUUCCCUUAUGGAUGCACUGCCAUUGCCUUUGUAAUAUAUGAUGAUCAAACCCUAAUGCUUCCAUGUAUCCUGGCACUUGCUAAGUUUGAAAAACACUGUAAAUGCAUGCUUGAUUUUUGCAAAACUAAUUAUACAUGUGUAGGACAUUACUUUAUCGGUUCUGUAUUUAGCUGCAUCUAUGGCAUUCUUACCAAACAGGUCCUUGGGGAACUCCAAACAGUCCACAUUUUUUUCUUUCCCAGCUUCCGGCACAGCUGUAUUUAGUGUUUGUAAUUGUGUGGUGGACUAAGAAGAGUUCUCACAUAGUACAAUUUUGGCAUUUUGUUUUAUAAAUAGUUAUAAUAUUAGAGUUCCUGAAUUUAAAUUGGUGUCUUCUUUGCCUCUUUAUCAGUUACAAGUAGUUCUAUAGUGCACUUUAUAGUACAUUUUAAAGGUACCUUAUCAACAGCAUCUGAACACAAAUUGAAUUAAUAUAGUAAGUAGCUAUCCAACAACAUCAAAGCUCUGUGUUCUUUGUGUGAGGAAGUAACACCUAGCUAGCAAUGUAUUAAGACACUUUGUGAGGAAGUCACACUCAGACAGCAAUGUUUUAGGCAUCUUUACACUAACUAUGUCUGUUAGACAUGCUCCAUAUAGAGCAGUCUCUCAAAACAGAUACAAAGCAAAGUUUAAGUAGUCUAAAUAUUAAUUCCUGUUUUUGCUCAAAUAUUUAUGUUUUAGACUGUUUUGCAAGUCUUAAGCUUUCCCAGGCUAGUAUAGAAUUGCUUGGUUUUUUAGGGCUUGAUAGUCAAGUGAAAACAAACCCAAUUCUAAUUGUUGAAGCAACUUGUCUUGGUCUUUAAACAGCUGACGGGAUGCAUCCAGUGUUGCUCCUGCUGAUUUAUAAACAAGCAGCUUCAGCAUAAGAUAGGAUCUGAUGUAUUGGGAGCUGGAAAAGGUGAAUUGUGAGAACACUUGAUAACAGUUCUGUCUUUGCUUACAUUUGGGAAUUUCAGAUUUGAACAAAUGUUAUACUUCAUGUAAGACUUAUAUUAAAAUUUAAUUUUGUUGCUUAUUGUUGAAACAUACUGCUUGGACAAUGUGUGUAAAAGAAAAACCUUGAACACAAACAUGUGAAUAUUAGUAAAGCAUUAAACAAACCCAUA